AGCGCCUCGUGCUGCAGAAUAACAACUGUAAAACCGCUUAGAGUUUCAUAAAAAUAUCUUGCAAUUUCGUGUUUAUCUGAAUGCAUUUAUUAUGACACACUUCUCGAUUAAUCUCCUUUAAUAAUAAAAUCACAUAUUCGAAACGGAUAUAUUAAGUUUAUCAUUGCUUUCAGCGGGAUUUCUCUUCAGUUGGACUGAAGAUGAACACAAAGCGGCUCAUUUGACACGAUUAACAUAGAUAUAUAAAACUUGUCAUCAUAAGACAAAUAUGUGAUAUAAUGAAGUGUAUCGAUGCACAUGUGAAGUGACUGAAGUCGCGUGAGUUAAGUUUGGACUCGUCUCUGAGGUGAUGGAUAAUAAUGGAACAUAACAAGAGUCUUUUUAUUAAAGCUCUGGAUAGAUGUGAGGACGAGAGAGAUGGUGGAUAUAAGCUGGCAUGGAGAUGUUCUCUCUCAGAUGAUAGUGAAGACGACGGCAGACAUGACGCCGCCCUUGUGACCAUGGAGCAAGCAGGUGGCCAGCAGGAUCUUUCCCCUGAGGGAGUAAAGACCCCAUCUGUUAAAUGCUUCACUCCGAAUCAGUCCAUGAUGACUCAAGAGCGACGUCCAAAUCAAAUAACGCCUCACAACAGAACUGGAAAACUUGGUGAAGCAGCUCACUCUGUUAGCCUUUCGUCGCGUCCCAGUCGAACCAGCUAUCUGAUUAUGAGUCCAGUGCCGACACAAGGAGUCUUGGUUCAGGGGCGGAUCUUCCAGCAUGCCCAGCUCGCUACUCCAAUCAGAAAGCUGGAGCAAAGCAAUCGUGACCUGAAGGACAGAUCUGAUAUGAUUCAGGAGAUGGACAGCAUUGUUCUCACCUGUCCUGAUGUUUCAGAUUCAGAAGAGAUAACUGUUAAGAGGCGUGUCCAGCAAAAACGACGGCCAGUGAUUGACAGUCAUGUUCCUGCGAGCAAACCGGUCGGGACCCUUAAGCCAGAUGAUUACCUCACUGUGUGCGGUAAAUGUGGCCAGUCCAGUGAGAACCAUGUUAAAUGUGAUGGAUGUGGAUAUCAGCUGCCUGCUGAGACUCCUCCCGUUCCUGACGCUACAUCGACUCUCACCCCUCGUCCUUCUAUUCGCUCACAGUCAUCGCCUGCCCCGCCCAGCCUUCUCAUCAGCAAGAACUUUUACAGCCCUGCCUCUGGAUGCCGCUCUCAACAGCUAGAGAUCGUAAUGAACCCACCAAUGCGAAUCACUCGUGGAAAUCUGCUCGUCUCGCACAAUGGAAGACUCCUUUCUGGUUCUGGAAACUUGGCAUCUAAUGGACACAAGCAAGUUGGGGGCAAGAUACUGCAAAUUGCCAAGCCAUGUGAAAUAAACGACCCUAUUGUGCUGUCGAGCGAUGAGGAAGAGGAAAGCGAUAGCAGUAGCACCACGGGGACCGUGAACCGGCUGGACAGCGUUUCACCGCGACCUGCCGACUCUGCUCACUCAUCUCCAGCGCCCUCUGGAGGUCGGGUGGAGGCUGCGGUUAAAGGAGCCGAACAAGAGGACAAUAGCUGUGACUUUUUCACAGAGAUAAAUCACAGAACCAUUACACCCAGGAGGAAUCGCAUGAGGGAUCUAUUUGGGUUGGUGUAUGAAGAUCCAUCUCCGUCUAAGAAGCGGAAAGUGGGCCAGGCGGUGAAGUUUGACAGUAUUAUUCUGGACUGCAGAAGUGUGAGAAUUGGAACGUUGCGCAGGAUGGUCACCAAACCAGUUAUUUUUUCAAUGGAGCACAUAGAGCUUGAUACGGAAGGCCGUGAGGUGGACGUGAUCGAGCGCGUUCGUCUGAGGUCAUCGGAGCUGACCAUGUGUGAAUGGUGUAACGUGAAGAAGCUACCGGUUCUCUUCAUGCAGACCACAGAGGAGGAGUGUCAGCGAUUACGAGAUCAGCUGAAGAUGAGCCAGGACAGAGGAGGGGAGUGGUACGACUGCAAAGGCAACAGUGAUGAGAAGUAUAUUGUGUUGAUAUUUGAGAACGGGCUCAUGAUGAAAGAUCAGGUGGUUCUGGAGGACAUCCUGGGUGAGAUUGGACGAAAAAACAAACUGGAACGUUUUCCAUCCAAGAUAACCUUUGAUGAGGCCAAUGUUCGACUUGUUGAGUACAAUAACGCCUCCAUAGAGAAAGAAAAGGCAAAAGAGGACAAAGUUAAUACUGUAGCAUCAGCAAGAUCAUCAUCUUCAACAGUAUCGGCUUCCGUAUCCCUCCCAGUAGUGACAGUUACCGUAGCAACAGCAACCACAGCCACAACAGCCCCGGUCCCGUCACCAGUGGCGAGCGUCCAAACACGUAUGUCUACUCGACUCCAGGCUUUCUGUGAAGAGGACGAUGAUGAUGACAUGUCAGAUCUUCAGCCUACGUUUACUGGUCCAGUUAUCAAGUUGAUGGUUUACCCCCCUCCUCCUGCAAAAGGAGGAAUUUCUGUAACCAAUGAGGAUCUUCACUGUCUGAACGAUGGAGAGUUUCUCAACGAUGUCAUCAUUGACUUCUAUUUAAAAUAUCUGUUUCUGGAGAAGUUAAAAAAGGAAGAUGCCGCCCGCAGUCACGUGUUCAGCUCCUUCUUCUAUAAGAGACUCAAUCAGAGAGAGAGGAGAACUGCACCCGACACAUCUAACCUACCGAUACAGAAGAGAAAACACAACAGAGUAAAGACAUGGACACGCCAUGUGGAUCUUUUUCAGAAAGACUUCAUCUUUGUGCCCAUUAAUGAGUCUGCACACUGGUAUCUCGCCAUCAUCUGCUUUCCUGGUCUUGACGGCGUUCAUAUUGAGCCAAACUUGCUGUACCGGCCUCCGACUCCUGCCAAGAGCUCGGCUGUCUCCACUGUCUCUCCUACAGAAAGUGCUUCAGAGGAGUCGCAGGAGACGGUCCAGGGCACAACUGUGUCGGCGUGCCCUUGUGAAGGGCCCGAUGAGGGUACACAGCAGCACCCAGAUGGUUUACAGAGAAUAAUCACAUCUUACGGGACAGACGACACUUGCUUCUCUGAUGACCAAAGCUCAUGUCCGGAUGACUGUAGUGAAGAUGGCACUUUAGUCGAUCACUGUAAGAACUCCGGCAGAGUGGAAUGGACGUCUAAUCCCAACAUCUGUAAACAGCCUUGCAUUUUAAUCAUGGAUUCCCUGCGUGGGCCGACCAGGUCGACUGUUGUGAAAACGUUACGCGAGUAUCUUGAGGUGGAGUGGGAGGUCAGAAAAGGCUCUAAGAGGACUUUUGGAAAAGAUGUGAUGAAGGGUUCGAGUCCUCGUGUGCCCCAGCAGGACAACUUCAGUGACUGUGGAGUUUAUGUGCUGCAGUAUGUAGAGAGCUUCUUUGAGAAUCCUCUUCCAAGCUUUCACCUUCCGAUGAAUUUAAUGGACUGGUUUCCCCAGCAAAGAAUGAAAACCAAACGCGAUGAGAUCAAGGAUUUAAUUCUGAAGAUUCAGAGUGCGCAGCAGAUGAACGUCGAGAGCGCCGGACCGACGGACGGAUGUCCCAGUCCCAGUGAGGACACCUUAGAGUCAGCUGAUCUAAUCCCUCCAAUCAGCUCCUGAGCUUUGUCCGCUCUGCUACGCUUCACCAUCACAUGACUCAUACAAACACUAGGAGCCAAUCAGGGCCAUGUGUGAUUAUACGCUGCUGGACAACUCCGUUAUUUCUAACAAAACUGUUUCAAUGACAUAAAAGAUUUCAGUUUUUUAUUUGUAUUAAAUAAACUGUACAUAUGCUAGGCUUUUUUCGUUACUUUGCAUUUUUCUUUGCUGCCUUUAGAGUAUUACAUUUUGUUGAUUGGUCAUCUUCUGCAACAUAUUAUGUGAAAUAAAAGUUCAUGUGUUUAUCUU